GUGGGAGGGACUCAGUGGGAGAUAAUUAAAUCAUGGGGGCGGUUCCCCCACGCUGUUCUAGUGGUAGUGAAUAAGCCUCACGAGAUCUGAUGCUUUUAUAAGGGGAAACCACUUUCACUUGGCUCAUUCUUGUCUGCUGCCAUGUGAGACAUGCCUUUUGCCUUCUGCCAUGAUUGUGAGGCCUCCCCAGCCACGUGGAACUAUGAGUCCGUUAAACCUCCUUCUUUUGUAAAUUGCCCAGUCUUGGGUAUGUCUUUAUCAGCAGCGUGAAAACAGACUGAUACAGGUGUCUAGACUGAUGAUGCCAUUCAUGCAGCAGGGAGGACUCUGGGAAGGCAAUGUGAAAUGAACAACUACGUGUUUACCAUCUAGAAGGCUGCUCUUCAGUUCCACUUCAAUUGAUUCUCUCACACCUAUGAGCAUGAAGAAAGCAGUGUCACUGAUAAAUGCAAUAGAUACAGGAAGAUUUCCACGGUUGCUCACUCGGAUUCUUCAAAAACUUCACCUGAAGGCUGAGAGCAGUUUCAGUGAAGAAGAGGAAGAAAAACUUCAAGCAGCAUUUUCUCUAGAGAAACAAGAUCUUCACUUAGUUCUUGAAACAAUAUCAUUUAUUUUAGAACAGGCAGUAUAUCACAAUGUGAAGCCAGCAGCUUUGCAGCAGCAAUUAGAGAACAUUCGUCUUAGACAAGACAAAGCUGAAGCAUUUGUCAAUACGUGGUCUUCUAUGGGUCAAGAAACAGUUGAAAAGUUCAGGCAGAGAAUUCUGGCUCCCUAUAAGCUAGAGACGGUUGGAUGGCAGCUUAACCUUCAGAUGGCUCACUCUGCUCAAGCAAAACUAAAAUCUCCUCAAGCUGUGUUACAACUCGGAGUGAACAAUGAAGAUUCAAAGAUAAGAAGAAAUAUUGGAAACAUUUGAGAGAUCAAGAAAUGGGUCCUCUAGGGAUGAGGAGACAUUCUGAAUAAACUCUGUCCUGUGUUCCUGCAUUUUGACUGCAACCCAUCACAUGGGGUCACUUAUGGAAUUUUCUGCUUGUAGUGUCAUGUCAGUGCUCAAAAACUUUCAGAUUUUGGAGCAUUCCAGAUUUCAGAUUUUCAGAUUAGGGAUGCUCAACCUUCACAAAGGGCCUUUAUAGGGAUUUUAAAUAUAUAGCUUGUUGUCUACUGAGUAGAAAGAUGGGCUGCUUUUGUUUUUCUCCUAACAAUAUUUUCAGCUUCUAUACUAACCAGUUCCAGAUGUUCCAUGGUAUAGAAAUAUUUAAUUUUCAUAUGAAAUUUAUGAAAGGAAAAUGCAUAGGAGGGCACUUUAGCAAAACAAUAAGACAAAACAGCUUUUGACAGUUGGUUUGCUAUUAAUGAGUACAUAGGAGUACACAGUAAAUGGAAGGCUCAUUUAGACCCUUAGAAUUUUUCUUAGCAGGGGGCCCUUUACCUGAAAUCAUGGUACUAGUUUAAGACUUCAUGUUCUUUUUUGUAAACACAUUUAAGGUGAUCAGCUCUUUUCAAAAUUAGGUUAAUUUUUCAGAAAGAAACAAUAUAUAAAAUAAAAGGAAUAUUAUGGUGGGUUCAGAUCAAUUUUAAUUGAAACAUAAGCAACAGAAAAUUUUAAGAUUCUUAUAUGUGGACCACUUUGUAUAAUGUGCCUACAAGGUAAAGAUUUUGUGGUCAUCUGAAUUUUGGGAGAAGUAAUUUUCCAAGAAUUAAUACUGAAGCUUUUUGAAUCACAGUUUUGUGUACCCAAUUUCAUUAUUUGGUUCUGUGCGAUAUAGAAUGUUCAAGGCUAACUAUAAUCAUUUUUGUCCAAUUUGUUUUAAAGAGGGCUCAGCAGCUCCAGGAAUGGUAUAAUGGCGAAUGAUGUUUACAUAUCAAUACAUAUCUACAAAUAUGAGUAUAUUUGAAGAAAAGCAAAUUCAUAUUGAAUUUAAAGGCAUAUAAAUUGGAUUUCUUUUCCAUUCAUGGACAUCUACUUGUUUAAAGAAUAAAAAUUAUAUUUUGAACACAUCCAAAACCUUUUUUCUUACUGAAUGUCAAUACUCUUUUCUAACAAUGUCUUAGAAUUUUGUAGUAUAUCUAUUCCUCCCCUAGAUAAGAUCUCUAGCACACUUACUCUCUUCCUCCCUGUUACUAUCCCAGAAUACUUUUGUAUUUUAAUUUUAGAUUAUUUCCUUUUAAAAUUAUGCAUAAAUAAUUUAAAUUUAGCUUACUACUUUUUGGACACUACUGUUGGACACCACCACAUCUUUUUUUCUCUAGAUUGAUUUUUUUUGUUUUACUGGAAUUGAUCAUUUAAUAAUUCGUGGAUUGUAUCUGAAGAUAUUAAACUGGCCUGUCUG